CAAGGAGCCAAAAAACAACCCUGGGCUCAAUAUUGAGUUCUCACCGGCGGAAAAACGUUACGAUCGAGAGUUGCACAUAUAUUUGAAAAGAUGGGCGAAAGUACAGAAAAAAAGGAUGAAAUUAAAGAUGUCGCAGAUUUACUGGCAAAAACUAAAGUCGAACAAGUCAACGUUGUAAGUUUCAAAGGAAAAAGUUUCAAGUUGAACACAGCCGACGAUGCUGCAGAGGUUGUAAAUGCAAUUAAGGCAAGCAAAGAUGUCCAAGCUUUGUGUUUGGAAGGAAACACCAUAGGAGUAGAAGCAGCAGAGGCUAUUGGAGGAGCACUUGCAGCAAGACCUGAAUUUGAGAGAGCAUUAUGGAGUGAUAUAUUUACUGGCAGACUGAGAUCUGAAAUUCCACCUGCAUUGGGUCACUUGAGUGAUGGUGUUAUUGCAGCAAAUGCAAAACUUGUUGAGCUGGAUCUCAGUGACAAUGCAUUUGGCCCUGAUGGAGUGAAAGCUUGCGUAAAGUUGCUGACAAGUCAUGCCUGCUACUCAUUACGCAUUCUUAGAUUAAAUAACAAUGGUCUUGGUGUCGGUGGAGGAAAGAUCCUCUCAGAGGCACUGAUAAAUUGUCACAGAACAAGCUCUGAAGCAGGAACACCUUUACAGCUUCAAGUCUUCAUAUCUGGGAGAAAUCGCCUGGAAAACCCUGGAGCCAAAUCGUUAGCAGCAGCAUUUGAGACAAUAGGAACACUGGAAGAGAUACAAAUGCCACAGAAUGGAAUCCUUCAUGAAGGGGUAGCAGCUCUUGCUGAAGCCCUCAAGUCCAAUCCAAACUUAAAGAUUUUGAAUCUGAAUGACAACACAUUCACCCCUAAAGGAGCCAUGGCUAUGGCCAAGGUGCUACCAAACCUGAAAAACAUUGAAGUGAUAAACUUUGGAGACUGUCUUGUGAAAACGGAAGGAGCAAAAGCAUUGGCAAAAUCUUUACAAGGAGCGGUGAACAACUUGAAAGAUCUGAAUCUCUCCUAUGAUGAGAUUAACAAGGAAGGUGCUCUAGCGAUUGUUGAGGCUCUGGUGAAUAAAGAAUCUCUAGAAAAACUGGAAUUGAAUGGGAACAGCAUUGGGGAUGAAGGACUUGAAGAGGUAAAAAAUUGGCUGAAUGAAAAUGGUCGGCUUGAUAUUUUGGGUUCCAUGAGUGAGGAUGAGGGAGAAGGUGAUGAUGAUGACGACGACAAUGAUGAUGAUGAUCAGGAAGAUGAACUUGAAGGUGGAGACAGCGAAGGUGACGAGGGAGAUGUCAGCAAUGACUUGAACUUGAGUGUGACAGGUGUCAGUCUUAAACCACAGUCACCAUUGCUUGGUGAUGAUGAAGAAGUGGAAAAUGAACUGAUAAAGGUGGUGAACAUGGAAGGUGUCCAAGACUUUUUUAAUUCACCAACACUGGAAAAAUUCAAGAACAUACCGAGUAGUCAACGGAAAUCGCUGUUAACAGAAUAUUUAAAGGAUGAUUUAUACGAAACCAGUAAAGUGGCAAAAUACUUUGUGUCGAUCUCGGUUGCUCUAAAAGACGACAAAGAUGCGCUCAUGGAAUGGGCUGAAACAGUUUUGAAGCCAGCCCUCGAGUCCGCGGACUGCAAGGAGGAAUGGCUCAUAUCUUCUCUGUUAAUUCACAUGGGACUCCUCAAGGGAGAGGAGAAGAUGGAGUACCCCAAGGAUAUUUCUGGUCCUCUCAAAGCUUUGGAUUAUACCGUCAAACAACCUUACUUUCCAAGACAUCUUAAGUCAUUCUUCGUGGCCUUUGUUUCAAAACCCAACAAGUUGUUAGAAUCAUGUUCGGAAACACGUCACCAGUUUCUACAGACAUUGUAUCAGAUAUAAUGUUCAUUAUAGUUCUACGGUUUACUAACAUUUGCCACCAAAUUUUGAAUGCGUCUGCGCCUGCUCAUUGCAUUAGAGAAGAGACGUUUACAGAUCAGACGAAAAAGACCUCAUGUCAUUUGUCGAGCAGUCAGAAGGGAUUUGCACUGUAGCUUAGAGAGAAUGAAGCAUAGCCUAGCCGCCAAACAUCAGUUUACAAUGUGAACGUGAAUUUUCAGUCAGUGGUUGAAGUAGCUACGCCACUUGUUGUAUUUCUCACACAAUGUACCUAGCUGCUGGUCUGAAGGUCUGGGAUGACCCCACGAAGUCGAGGCUUACAGGUCAACAACUUCUAGGAACCGCAAACAUGUCAUUUUUCUUUUAACUGUUGAUUUUGCUAGGUCGCAUCGCACAAGUGAGGAAACUUUCUUGCUUGGCGCCAAUGAAAAAAGAAAAGCUAAACAGAAACCUCAACCCAAACCACGAAAUAAAAUCUUGUUUGUCUCUUUUAAUAAUUAUUCUACUCGAAAAUUCGAAAAGCUCACCGGUAAGCCUCGACCUGACGUGGCAUGAAUUUUCGUGUUGUGUAAUCCGUGUGAAUCCUCUCAAACGUCCUUGUUACUUUUUGUUCUUCCCUGUCACUUCAGUAUUUGAAUAUUAUUAGAAAGCAUUUAUUUUCAGAUUUUCUUUUAAAUAAAGACAACUUUCAAUUACCAACGUAAAAAAAUUAG